GCAAUUAAAAGGGCCAUGCUUCCCUUACUGAUUUGUUAGAUUUGCCUUUCCCCCCGACACUUGUCUAGCCCUAGUCGUCGCCCGAUAGUGAUCGAAGCAGCGGAGAGUGUUGGGCCCCAUCUCGGCAGCAGCCGCCACCGCUCGCCGUUGCUGCUGGAAUCGCCGUCAUCGCGCCGCCAACAAUCCACAGCAGCAAGAACGAUUAGACCUUCCAUUUAGUUCAUGUGCGGGGAGCGAAGCUAGCAUUGCGGCAAGCCUAGUUCGUACGGGCAAUUGAGAACUGAGAUCAAGAGGUGGUUUUGCUGCGGGAGUAUGAGCUUAAAGGGCAUGCUGAUGGCGGCGGCACUGCAGGGGGUGACGGAGGCACGGGCGAGGAUCUUCGGCCAUGUCCUGAACCCAUUAGGGAAGCGGUCGCCCCACAAGAUCCUCCGCAAAAAGCUCAUCGGAGAAAAAAUUGCAUCGUGGUACCCCGAUGACAUCAAGAACGAAGACCCCUCCGUUCUUGCCCGCGAGGAGAAAGAGCGAUUGGCUAAGUUGGAGAUGUUGAAGCGGCGAGGCAAGGGCCCUCCACCGAAGGGUCAAGGAAAACGUGCUACCAAGCGCAAGAAAUAAGUGAUCUUUCCAAGAAGUUUGUCAUCCUUACAGUUCGCUGAUUCCAAAUUAGUAGUGGAUGUGCUUGGUUCACAUUAGGAGCUAGAUUAUUGUUCACUUUGACUUAGGCAUGCUUUAUUCAUCUACCUCUGCUGGGAAACUAGAAACUCAGUUGUUGGUGAUAGAUCAUUUCCCCCAAUUACAGUGUAAUUCAUUUUGUUCACUUGCAUAGAUUUUAUGGUGCAUUUCUCUUCUCUCUUCA